AUGUGUCACUGUGAAGAAGAGAAAUGUCCAUAUUUAACCCAUGAAAGUUGUGCGUACUACAUUCUCCUUUUCUUUGACUUCUCUUCAGACUCUGAAAAACACAUGAUGGACAAAAAACAGACAAAAGAUAAAAAUCCUCCUUAUGGAAACAAUUCCAGUGAGAGUAAAAGAGGCAUUUACUCCGAUCUCCUCAUAACAUCAGGACAAACAACACAACAGUGUUACUCAGACGGUCCAGUGACAGAUCAGAGUUUACUGGCCUGGGCAAUCUAUGAGUACCAGUCCCGAAAAGGGGCUUUAUUUAAAUCCCCCCCUGACCUGCAUUGUGUCAAGGAGAAGCUCUGGCACGGAGCAUCCCAGAACGAUUUCUCCAGUGGAAGUUUCGCUCCAAAAGUUCAGCUACCUUUUGUUUGUCCUUCAGGACAAGCACCCCGUAAACUUGAGAUUGAGAGACGUAGGAGGGAGUAUCAGAAGUUAGAUAUCACCACGCUUCUGUCUGAGCGAGGCAUCGACUCCAACAUGCUGAUGCCCAGACACCAGACCAAAAGUGACGAGACCGACCCAGAAACCCUGCCGGGAAACGAGCUGCCUCUGGAGAUAUUUGACAAUGAGGAGUUUGACUGCCGGAGCCCAGAGGAAUGGCUGGCUUUAGGCUACGAACAAGACAGCAGCGACCGUAAACCUGUGCCUGCCAAAGCCCUACUACCGACAACUGACAGCAUCCCCCCUGUGGACCCAAAGGAGCCGACGCUGGUGUAUGCCUGGCAGUCUGUUGGGGUUCUGGAAUAUACCCUGGAGAAGAAGCAGUACCUGGUGCAGAAAGUAGACAGUAAUGGACAGGUUCGAGAUUCCGAAGGGAAACCCAUUUUGAAUGGAGGACAGAGAACAGGAGAGGUUUUGCAGGAAGGGCAGUACUGGGUACCCAGGAUCAGGGUGCUUUUCUGUGCCGAAGACCCACACGUCUUUGCCCAGAGAGUCCAGUUUGCCCAGAGCUCGAGACGGAACACAGAGGCUUCGAUCCUGUACCACCUUUCUGUUGACUGUAUGCCAGUCUGGAGUGGCACCCCUACCCUCGACCCCAGCAGUCUAGAGCGCAUGAAAACAUAUGCAAUCACCACACCGGGCCUCCAUCUUACACGUCUGCAGGGGUGUGUGGAACAGCUGGACAAAGAGAUUCAUUUGGAGUACAGUCGUACCAUGAACCAGACAGUCUUUGAUAAGGUGGUACAGGAUAGUCCAGAAGAGUUCCCCUUCAUCACAAUCCUUAAAAAAGAUCCUGAGAGACGUCCUGAGAGAGGCUUUGAGUCAAUCCCUAAAUCCCCUUUUGAGGAGAACCGGACAUCGUUUGCCUUUAAUUCUCUUCUCACCAAACCUGAGGUAAUCGCUGUGCUGUCUGUAGUGAGAGAGGAGUGCAGUCGGUUGGCAGAAAUGAGUCUGUUCCACGUCACCUUCACACACCCUCUUCAGCUGCAGGAGUUUGUGUCGGCACAGUCCCAGAAACAUGUGCUGGUCCAGUCGUUUCUACAAAAAACAUGGUUUAGGACUCUAUGUGAUGGUAUUUUGUCUAGCCUGCGUGACGUGAAUUGCGGCUGGUAUGAUCUCUCUGUGUCAUGCUGGGAUGUUUACCGGAUGUCCAAGUUGUGCCGUCUGAUGGCGCUGGUGCGGUGCAUUCAGCAGGACUCGCUCAGGUUCCUGGUGCAGGACUCUCUAAACAGCCUAAACAGAUUAUUGUUUGAUGCUUGCCACAGUACCAUGCACUGCCCGCAAGAUCUGAUCUGGGGCUCUGACCUCAUCAACAGCCCAUACAAGCCAAAGACGAACCCUGUCUUCUCACUGGAUCUGGUGCUGGACCAGACCGGAGUUCAUUACAGUACUCCUCUGGAGAGCUUUGAGACGUCUGUUAUCAACCUGUUUGAUAAAGGGAUCCUGUCCACAAAUAAUGUGCCUCUGCUAGACAAGUUCAUAAUGAAGAAGUUGUUCAUUGUUGAAGAUGUGUUGUGUUCAGUGGGCUUGUGGGAGCCUGAAGUCAGCGAUCUGAGAGAACGCAUCAGACUGGCCCUGAGACAGGCCAUCAUCCCCCUCACAGCAUACGCACGCCAGUAUGAACGCCACCUGCAGCUCCACAACUCCGACAUCGACGAUUUCCUCGAGGUUCACAGUCAAGAGACGCAGAGUCCACACACUAUGAAGCAGGAAGUUCUGGAACACCUGAAGGAGAUGGAUCUUCUGGCUCAGUCCAUUCCGUCCUCCAUCAUCAUCGGACCCUUCGUGGUCAGCAUUGAGGUGGUUCGGCAAACUUUGUUAAAGAAGCGGAAAGCACUUGCGAAUGCCGUUCUGGAGCGACUCGUUCUGUGGUUACGUCAGCGAAUGCAGGAUGCCUGUAAGGAGUGUAAAGCCAUCAGUAAACAGCUGUUUGAGAAGCCCAGCAGCAUCGAGGAGCUCUCCGAGCAGAGAGAAUGGAUGGAAGGAAUCCCUGAGCAGCUCAAAGUGCAUGAGGAGAGUUUAUUCAAAGCUUUGUCUGACUAUGAUCUAGUAGACGAGUUCUUCUACUGUUUCUCUGAUGAGGAUGUCAAUGAGAAGUGGGCAGCAAUGUUCUUUCCCUGGAAGAUCCUGAAUCAGAUGGAGACAGUGAGAGAACAGCAUUCUGAGGAUGAGGAGCGCUUCCACAAGAUCCAGUUGGUCGACCAAAACAACUUCCUGGAAAGCUUGAGCGAACUGCAGAUGGUGGUGGCUGGACUUGCUGCUCACACAAAUGUCGAGCGAGCGCACGAGGUGGCAAACAAGGUGCGGCGAGUGAGCAAGCAGCUGAAAGAGUGUGAAGAGAUGGCACAGCUUUACAACAACCGAGAACGACUUUUUGGCAAACCCCCCACUACUUACACUGAGUUACAGAGACUGAACACAGAGUUUCAGCCAUUUCAUGACAUGUGGAGGAUGGCAUCUGAUUGGCUGCUCUGGCAUGAAAGCUGGCUCAGUGACCCGCUGUCAGCCGUCAACCCCGAGCAGCUGGUGCAGAAUGUCAAUGACGCUUACCAGACGAUGCAGCAGUGCAUCCAACAGUUUAAAGACAUUCCUGCCUGUCAAGCCGUGGCAUCUGAAAUCCAGGCCAAGAUUGAAGAGUUCCGUCCCUUCAUUCCUCUGAUCCGGGGCCUGAGAAAGCUUGGCACUCGGAGCCACAACUGGGAACUUCUGUCUGAACGUAUCAACAUGGACGUGAGGCCUAAAGCAAACCUCACCUUUUCCCAUUGUCUGGAACUCGGCCUGCAAGCCCAUGUGGAGGAAAUCACCCGCGUGGCUCAGGAGGAUGGAAAAGAAUAGGAGUGCCAGGAAUAAACGUUUUGUUAAGGAGCAAUAUUUGCACCCUGGAGUUCAUUUUGAGGGGUAUAUUUUACAUAUAUGAGGGCAUAUUCUUCUAGCCUUCUAAAAUAAUACUGUAAUCCAUUUAUGUCAGAUAUCUUGUCAGUUCAGCUGAAUCAUAUCAUUGAAAUAAAUUAUCUUUCUGAGCACUCUUGUUUGUUACCUAUCAAAUUAAACCAACCUUGAAUGCAAAAAUAGUGUAAAGAUUUCAAAACAAUGUAAACCUGCUGCUUGGAUACAUCAUUAUUAGUUGGCUGGUGCUCACUGAGCCCAGAGGUGGAGCUGCACUGUGGGGCUCACUGGGCCCUGAGAUGGAGCUGCACUGUGAGGCCCACUGAGCCCAGUGGUGGAGCUGCACUGUGAGGCCCACUGAGCCCAGUGGUGGAGCUGCACUGUGAGGCCCACUGAGCCCAGUGGUGAAGCUGCACUGUGAGGCCCACUGAGCCCAGUGGUGGAGCUGCACUGCGAGGCCCACUGAUCCCAGAGAUGGAGCUAAACUCUGAGGCUCACUGAGCUCAGAGGCUGUUUCUGGUCUUGGAGUUGUUUUAUCAUAAUUUUUUUAUAUUCUGUGAACUAACCUCACAACUACAGAUCACAAUAUUGUCUACCGUGGCACUGAACUCGUAUUUAAUGUCACUAGGCCUUAAAUAGAAUAGAAUAACAAACUAUUGUAACAAUUUCAAAUGUUACAAAUUAAAACCAGUUGAGUUCAUUACAGUGGCAUCUUAUUGAGCAUUAUUUUCCUAAUAGAUGAAAGGAUGAUUUGCACAGGUACAGUAUGUCAUAUAAACGUCUGCUGAACAAUAUAGAGGAGAGGUGGUCAACAUGCCAUAUAAGGAUAUAGAUGAAGCAUCACAGCUUCUGGAAAACACUCAUACAAGGUUGAACACUUGUUUACUGUGACUGUUCUUCAUUUUCCUCUGAUCAGCUGGCUCAUGUGAUGGAGAAGUACAUGGAAGAUUAUAUCCAGCACAGCAAGACUAAGACUAUUGUGUUCAAGCCUUAACAAUUUGAACAUCAAAACUAUGUGUUCUGUGAAAGUAACCCUUCCCUGCCACCAAUGUAUGAUGGAAAAGAGUGAUGUCAUGCCUAGAACACGUGCAGCAUUCGACUCUAAUACAAACUGUCUACACACACGUCACUUUCCUAUAUAAUAUUGAUACACAGAGAAAUCAUGUGAUUCUCAGUUAUUGUGUGUCCAGAGUGCCCACAUUGUAUGUGCCAGUUACUGUAUGUUGCUGUAAUUAAUCACUAUAUUCAGCUGAAUGUGUUGAUGAGGUUGAAAACCCUGUUCACCCACGGAGAGAUGAUUA